UCAGAGGGAGAGCGACUUUGUUUGGGACUUUCCCUCCUUUUCCUACCUUGCGAGCCUUCUUCUCUUCCACCGGAAACCAAGAGAAAGCAGGGCUUUUCUAAUCAGCAAAGGAUUAUUCUCCCAGCAGCACGGUUACACCACGUACUAUUUGUUUUUCAUAGAAACCAGUCUUUCUUUUGCCGUGGGAAUUUUGCUUUUGAGGUGCAAACCUGCAAUUUUGGUAAAAUGGUUUUGGAAGCAGAUACACAUGUUAAAAGCUGCAGUGUUGCGGGGCCAAACAGUCCCUGAAGCUCUGGCACCGGGAAGAACAAAGGUGAAACUUGUAAAAAGACAAUUAUCCAGUGCUGUGGCGAUCUACAGGGACUUCGCUAAACUGUCCCAUGUUGCCUUCAGUUCCUAGUGGCUGAUUGGGAGCAGUCAGACUGUUGACUCAAUUUGUGUUUGUCUGUUUCUCUGUGCUGCAGUAUAUGCACUUAGAAACCUGCCUGGUGUUCCUUGUACAUUUGGCGCUCAGUUUGGCCUGAUAUGCAGGUCUGAUUACUUUUUUGCUUGCUGCUCAACUGACUGAGGAACUAACUAACUAAAAGGAGUUUUAAAAUGUAAUAUUUUGUAGUUUUUUGGAUUCAGACACCAGCAUAGGCACUCUGGUGUCGUCUUGUCCCAUCCCCUCAUAGGCUGUGCUGUUGGUUGUUGUGUGUUUGGGGUUUUUUUUCUUUGGUUUUUUUUUUCUUUGCCCAGCUAAUAAGCAUUUCUGUUUGGACACAGCCGUCAUUCUUUCAUUACAGUUUUCCUGCGCAGCCUCAUGAGCUUAUGUUGCCUAAAGGGUGGACCAGGAGGGAGAAAUGUGAUCCUCUGUUUUGUGGUGUUUUGGGGCAGAAGCAACAGUGUGUGGUUUCCAUGGAAAAGGCCAGAGAAGGGGGCUCUGUGAAUGUUCUACCCCUAUGUCUCUGGUUCAAGUGAAAUCGAAGCCGGCUAGCGUAGCACUGCAAGCCCCGCCCUGGAACUCCUUGUUCAGACUCUUCUCAUGUGUAGCCACAAGGAACGUGCACAGGACUAAAGAGGUCCCCACAUUUCAAGAGAAGACGAAAGCCUUAUUUGGAAAUCUUAUGGACGAAGAAAUGAGUCGCCAGACUGCCACCGCGCUGCCCACAGGAACCUCCAAGUGCCCCCCCUCUCAGCGUGUGCCCACUCUGUCAGGCACCACUGCCUCCAACAGUGACCUGGCCAGCCUGUUUGAGUGUCCUGUCUGCUUCGACUAUGUCCUACCCCCCAUCCUGCAGUGCCAGUCCGGACACCUGGUGUGCUCCAACUGCCGGCCCAAGCUCACAUGCUGCCCCACCUGUCGAGGCCCCCUGGGCUCCAUCAGGAACCUGGCCAUGGAGAAGGUGGCCAACUCUGUCCUCUUCCCCUGCAAGUACGCCUCAUCGGGCUGCGAAGUCACCCUGCCUCACACCGACAAGACGGAGCACGAAGAGCUGUGCGAGUUUCGGCCGUACUCCUGCCCCUGCCCCGGUGCCUCUUGCAAGUGGCAGGGCUCCUUGGACGCCGUCAUGCCUCACCUGAUGCACCAGCACAAGUCCAUCACCACACUGCAGGGGGAGGAUAUUGUGUUCCUGGCCACGGACAUCAACCUCCCGGGCGCGGUGGACUGGGUAAUGAUGCAGUCCUGCUUCGGCUUCCACUUCAUGCUGGUGCUGGAGAAGCAGGAGAAGUAUGACGGCCACCAGCAGUUCUUCGCCAUCGUGCAGCUCAUCGGGACCCGCAAGCAAGCGGAGAACUUUGCCUACCGGCUGGAGCUCAACGGGCACCGGCGCCGCCUGACCUGGGAGGCCACGCCACGCUCUAUCCACGAGGGCAUCGCCACGGCCAUCAUGAACAGCGACUGCCUGGUGUUCGACACGUCCAUCGCACAGCUGUUUGCGGAGAACGGCAACCUGGGCAUCAACGUCACCAUCUCCAUGUGCUAAGAACUUUGAAGAGAAGAAGGUCAAAAAGUUACAGAUUGUCAGGGGGCAUUUUUUUAGGGGGUCAAAUCAGUUGUGACCUCACAGCGCCUCCCUCCCCCCUCUCUCUGCUUCACCCCUUGAGAUGUGGAACUGGACUGUCUGAUCAGGCAGCCGUGGAGGCUGAGGGGGUGGGAUGGAUGGAUGGACAGAUGAGUGGAGAAAUGAAUAAACAUAAGGACAUGACCGUGUAGUGAUGGCUGUAGACUAAACACACACACACACACACACACACACACACACACACACACACACACACACACACACACACACAAAUAUAUAUGUGAGACUCAUGUACGCAUGCAGUCUCGCCCUCUCGUGGUCAUCAACACGGACGCAAACUGAAAAGCUGUUCAGUCAAACACGCUUGUCAAACUCCCGUCUCUUCAAGUGAUUUCCCACCACUCUCAUUGUAGUGUCUCUCUUUCUUCUCUUCCCCCUCUGUCAUUGUCACACAUUUCAGACACUACAGCGCUCUGACAUUCACUCAGAGAUGCUGGAGGCUGGUCACCUCUGAGCAGCUAUGUCCCCUGACAGCUACGCACUGAGGAAGACUCAAGCUUUGUUUCAACACGGACUCCUGGCCAGUGCUGAAUAGACCCCCCCCCCCCCAUCAAUUCCCAAGUAUUUGUAAUCCACCUCAGUACCUGUCAGACCUCCUGGAUCAAACGGUUCACACGCUACCGACACGUGUAGGGCUACAACAAAAAGUGGCAGUGACUAGGUUUCACAGUUUCAUGUGUUAGCCAGCUCAUACUGGAACCCAGAGCCAAUGAAGUUCCUGUUCGCAGACUGAAAUGACUACCGAUGGCUGGGAUUGGAACCGUCACCCAUAGACGUGGAUGGCUGUAGCACCCAUACUCCAGUAAAGGAACUCAGUCUUUAGACGAUCCGGACAGGCUCAUCUGGUUUCCUUCCGGCCCACACCUGGUCCCCUACCGGUCCACCCAAGGCUAAAGAUUGUGCAUUGGAUGCUCUUUAAAUAGUUGACUGUCGUCGUUGAUAGUUAUUAGAACAGACUCUGCUCUCAUACUGUGUGGAUUUAAGAAGGCCGUCAGCUACAUCAGCCCUGGAUUUUGUUUUUUUAUUUGGUUAUUUCAUGAAGUGGACACGGAGUACGUACACACACACACACACACACACACACACACACACACACACACACACACACACACACACACACACACACACACACACACACACACACACACACACACACACACACACACCUCACGCAUGCUCUUUGCAUUACAGGCUGUGUGUGCAAGUGUAAUAGUGGAUGUAAUGAAUGUGUGUCGGAGCAUGUUUGACUGAGGUUUGGGGGGGGGGGGUCUUAUUUUGUUUUUCAGAAUGAGGAAAAACACUGCAUUUCAGUUGUCAGUUUUCUUUUGGAGUUUAUUUCCUAAGUCUGUCUGGUUUUUUUUGGGGGGGGGGUUAAUUAUUUUAGUUGUCUUUUUUUUUGUAUGAGGGGAGAGAAGAACUCCGUGUGUGUGUGUGUGUGCGUACGAGAUGGACGUGUGUCGCAAAAAGCCUGCUCACUUUCUUCCUUCUCCUCUCCCUGCUCUUCUUUUUUUCUGCCUCCAUCUUCGCUCUGUCUGCCAGUGUCGGCCUCAGCCGCUUUUUGACUGAAAACCCAACCAGGAAUGAGGGACAGUUUCUACCGUUACAAUGUUGCUAUUGUUGUUGUUAAAUGGAGAUUAUCAUAAUUAUCAUUUUUUGUAAUGACUUUUAAAAACAAAGAUUAAAAGGCAGUUGUAAAACUUGUGGCUAAAACUUCAGUGUUUGUAGUUAAAACAAGUUGUGUCGUUCUUCUGAAGGUUUGUUUUUCUUCAUCUAUUUGUCUCUCCGUCCUCUUGUUUGUGUGGUCUUUUCUUUUUGUCUGUGAGGAGGGAGGGAGGUCAAGCCAAUCAUCUCUCCCUUUCUCUUCAUGUGGAGUCUCAGUAAUGUUGCUGCUCUCCCUCAACUCCUUGACUUUUUUUUCUGUUUUAAUUUGUCAUUAAAUAAAUCUAUCUUUUUCAUA